AUGACUCCUCUAAAUUUCUGUAACUGCUUCAUAUUCUUUCCUGAACCAUGGACAAAGGUUUACUAAAGCUCAACCCCUGGGAUCCGGAUGCUAUUGGAGAGGGUCCCACCUGGAAGGGGCAUCAUUAUUUCCACUUCAGGCCUAGGGCUAUCAUUUCUGCAGAAUUCCUGGAUUUUCUUUGAUGGAAGGUCCCUGGAUGCCAAGGCACCUGAAACAGCUGGUUCAAGUUAUCUCCUUACCUCUUCUGGAGGAGAUUCUGGGCUCCAUGAAGAAGCAGGAAGUCCUUGCAGAGGAGGAGUUCAGCCUUGUUCAGGGGGCCUGUUCCCCCACGCAGAAGAUUCUGGGAUGCAGAAGCAUUUGGAGGUUCUCCUGAGCAGAUAUGGAGUCAGUGUGGACUUAGACCUCCUGUCAGAAAAAGCUGCCUCCGAAAGACUGACCAACUUACUGUUGGUGGAGGGCUUGACCGAUCUCCAACUAAAAGAGCAUGACUUCACCCAGAUUGAGGCCACCCGGGGCCAGAGACGUGUGUCCAAAACAAUCCCCCUGGAACGACUCUUCUUACCUCUCUCCAAAGUCUCCAUCCCUCCCCGGAUUUCUGUGACCGUUGGGGUGGCCGGCAUUGGCAAGACUACCCUGGUGGCCCAGUAUGUCUCCAAGUGGGCCCGAGGGGAGAUCAGUAAGGACGUCUCUUUGGUGCUGCCUUUGAAUUUCCGAGAACUCAACAUUUAUGAGAAGUUGUCUGCAGAGAGACUUGUCCGCUCAGUCUUCCCCCACAUCAGUGAAACGGGCCAGGUGUGGCUGGAUUCCGGGAAGGUCCUGAUGAUUCUUGAUGGGCUGGAUGAAUUUAAAGUAUCUCUGGAUUUUUCCAACACAGUGGCUUGUACAGACCCCAAGAAAGAAAUCCCAGUGGACAAUCUUAUCACUAACAUCAUCCGUGGAAAUCUCUUUCCAGAAGUUUCAGUCUGGGUGACAUCUCGCCCUACGGCUGCCAGCCAGAUUCCAGGGGGGCUGGUGGACCGGAUGACUGAGAUUAGGGGCUUCAAUGAGGAGGAGAUCCAGGCUUAUUUGAACCAAAUGUUUCCUGAUAGUCAUGACCUCCCUGGACAAGUCCUGAGUCAGGUCCAGGCCAACAAGGCCCUGUAUCUGAUGUGCACAGUCCCUUCCUUCUGCCACCUCUGUGGGACGGUGCUGGGUUACCUGGUCAGGAAUGGACUGGGUUGCCAACCCUCAGAAUUGGCACCUCCAAGGACCCUCUCUGAGAUCUACUCAUGGUACUUCAAGAUAGCCCUGUGUGGGGAGGGACAGGACAGAUGGAGGGAAAGCCCAAGGAUUGAGCAGGCUAUCCAUAGUGGGAGGAAGAUGAUGGGAACCUUGGGCCGACUGGCCUUCCACGGUCUCCUCAGGAAGAAGUAUGUGUUUUAUGAACAGGACAUGAAGGCUUUUGGGGUUGACCUCCCCCUUUUACAGAGCAGCCUAUGCAGCUGCUUCCUCCUGAGGGAAGAGACCCCAUCAUCCUCUGCCUAUUGCUUCAUCCACCUUACCUUGCAAGAAUUUGCAGCGGCCGCUUAUUACUACAAUGCAGCCAAGAGGGCAAUCUUUGACCUCUUCACUGAGAGUGGCAUGUCCUGGCCUAAGCUUGGCUUCCUCACCCACUUCAAGAACGCUGUGCAGCGGGCAUUCCAGGAGGACAACGGGCAGUUGGAUGUGUUUUUACGCUUCCUCUCAGGUUUCCUCUCCCCACAGGUCAACUCACUGCUGGCCGGCUGGUUCCUGGGGCGGGAUGAACACAACAGCUACCGGGUCCAGGCUGUGGGCCACCUCCAGGGGUACCUCAGGGCUGACACCCCUAUCUCCUCCCGCACUGUGAAUGUCCUACGUUGCCUGCAUGAGCUGCAGUACACAGAACUGGCCAGGGCUGUGGAGGAGGGUCUGGAGAGCGAGAGCUUGGCUGGGCUACUGGACCCCAUGCACCGCUCUGCCUUGGCUUACCUCUUGCAGGUCUCUGAAAUCUGUGCUCAGGAGACCAACCUUACCAGGUGCCUCAACUAUGCCAUCCUCAAGAGUCUGCUGCCCCAGCUCCUCUACUGCAGGAACCUCAGGCUGGAUAACAACCAGUUUCAAGACAAUGUGAUGGAAUUGCUGGGCAGUGUGCUGAGCAGCAAGGAUUGUUAUAUUCAGAAGAUCAGCUUGGCUGAGAAUCAGAUCCAUAACAAAGGGACCAAAUCUCUGGCCAGAUCCCUCUUGGUCAACAGAAGUCUGACUGUCCUGGAUCUUCGAAGUAACUCCAUUGGACCACAAGGAGCUAAGGCCCUGGCAGAUUCUUUGAAGAUUAACCGGGUCUUGGUGUCUUUGAGCCUCCAGAAUAACGCCAUCAAGGAUGAUGGUGCCAAGUUCAUUGCAGAUACCCUGAUGGUGAACCACAUGCUUUCUGUACUGCAACUACAAAAGAAUGCCAUUGGGCCCCUUGGAGCCAAGUCAAUUGCAGAUGCCCUAAAGAAAAAUGGGAGCCUGAAGGAACUCAUAUUUUCUAGCAACAGUGUUGGGAACGAUGGCUCCAAAGCUCUGGCAGAGGCACUGAAGGUGAACCAAAGCCUCAUCACCCUGGACCUUCAGAGUAAUUCCAUCAGUGAUGCUGGGGUGGCUGCCUUGACACGUGCUCUUUGCUCAAAUCAGACUCUCCUCAGUCUUAACCUCCGAGAAAACUCCAUCAGUCCAGAGGGAGCUCGGGACAUCGCCAGUGCUCUGUGCAGCAAUCGGGUCCUCCAGAACUUGGACCUGACAGCCAACCUUCUCCAAGAUGAGGGCGCACAGGCCAUUGCGGUGGCAGUGAAAGAGAAUCGAGCACUCGCAUCCCUCCACUUACAGUGGAACUUCAUCCAGGCCAAUGCUGCCAAGGCCCUGGGCCAAGCACUACAAUUCAACCGAAGCCUGACCAUCUUAGAUUUACAGGAAAAUGCAAUUGGAGAUGAAGGAAUGAUGGCCCUUGCCAGGGCACUGAAGAUAAACACAAGCCUCACAGCUCUCUAUCUUCAGGUGGCAUCGAUUGGGGUGCUUGGGGCUCAGGCCCUAGGUGAUGCCUUGGCUGUGAACAGGACCUUGGAAAUUUUGGACUUAAGAGGAAAUUCCAUUGGGGCAGAUGGAGCUAAAGCCAUGGCAAAUGCCCUGAAAAUAAACCCCAGUCUCCAGAUACUCAAUCUUCAAGAGAACUCCUUAGGAAUGGAUGGAGCCAUUUGCAUCGCCACUGCAUUGUCAGGCAACCAUGGGCUCCAGCAUGUCAAUCUCCAAGGAAACCACAUUGGAGAAUCAGGUGCCAGGAUGAUCUCAGAAGCCAUCAGGACAAAUGCCCCAAAUUGUAUCGUUGAGAUGUGAGCCAUAAGUUUUGGUGGGGUUUUCUGGUGGACUGAGCAGAAUAGAGGAGAAAC